CAACUUUUUUCUUGACACAGCCCAACGCAUCACGUGACAGAAACCUAGCUGCCCUUAGCCGUCAACAAGUCAAACUUGUUGACAUUCUGGUCUGGCUUGGCUCAACUCCCAUGAAGGACUUCCACUUCCAACCACAAUUGCUCAAAUCUGACGCUGCCGUCGAUGCCAGCGACAUUUUCCCGAGCCCAAAUGGUCCAACAUUGAUUGUCGUUUGAGCCAACCAACGCGCCAACACAGACCAUCUGCCCACCUCGUCGUAUCGAUCCGUAAUGGCCAGCCUGCCUCCCGCCAGCACUUCUACAGAGCACUACGCCGCUCGCGAUCUUUUCGGAGGAGCAAUCAAGGUGGAUGUACCAUUCUCAUUCCUAGACGUGAGUGAUGUUCGACAAGUGCCAGAUACUCAAGAGGUGCACGUGUCGAGGGACAAGGACGACAUCAGCUUGAUUGUAGAGAUAUUGCAGGUCGUGGAUGUCGCUGCGCAGCAAGCUGGCCGCAGUGAGUUGGAAAGUGCCGUGAGGUAUCACUUUGACUCGAUAGCGCACGAUGGUGGGGCAGCAAGCUCCUCUGUCAAGCACGUUUGGACGACAUCGCCGUCACCAGCGACAAGUGUCUCACAGCCAAGCACGCCUUGCGCAGUACUUCUCAUGGGUGAACAGAGCGUGGUGAAGUACGGAGAACGUUUCGGGCAUUCGGCUCAGGAUAGGAUACGGGUUUGGGUGGCGCUAUAUAGGCUCAGACCGGCGCGCAACAUUGACUUGGUGCUCAGCGUGAAUGAGCCCCUUGCUCAAGCUGUGGCCGACAACGACAACGAGCAGGAGGAUCUGCGAGCAGAGAGAGCAGGCGAAAGGGUCGAACAGGUCAAAGAUGAAGCUGCGGAGAGCCGGGCCAGAGGGAUCUUUGAAAGGGCAGCUGGAACGCUCCGCAUACAUGACUGGGACCUCUUUGCGGAAUGAAAUGCGCUCACACAUGA